GCCAAAAGGGGGCAUCAUAUGCCAACAUAGCCCAGUGCAGCUCUACAUAUUUGGCCUUAUUUAUAUAGGCUGAUGCUCUAAUGACAGUGUCAGGUACGAUUGCGAUAGGCCUAUCGCGAAUGUUUUGGACAUACUUCGCAAACUCAGCAAACCGGCAAAAUCUAGCUGCUUUGCAUUGAGGGUACCAUGCGCUGUGACAGCUAACUGACAGCGCAAAACGCGGAAACAGGAAUAGCGCAAGCCACCAGCUGCUUCGUCUCUGACACCGCCUGUCAAAACAAAAACGUCAUCUUCUGGAGGCAACCAUAGAGUAUUGCUGUAGCCUACCUUGUCGCGGACAAGUAAUGAUAAUAUGUCACAUUACAAACGGGUUGACCUUAUUUAGUGUACUUCACGGUGACCGGUAUGCUACUACUGGUGUUUAGCUGUCCCGCGUCAGCAGUUGCCCUGUUGCGUAGGUUCGGUGAUGGCAACUAACUCCCGUCUGUAAUCAUUAUUUAAUCAGCUUGUUUAUACGUUCGAGAGCGGGAUAGCAUCAAGGAGUGAUUGUUUGUUCGCCAGUAAUGCAGCAAUCGGAAAACAGAGCAGGGGAGGCUGCGGUAGAGCUUACCGACCUUCCCAACGCGCUUAUUGCAUGUAAAGUACUGGAGGAUGUCUUCAAUGACGAUCAUUUGAAGACACAGUUUGAAGCCCUGUUCCUGGCCUUCGAUGCCAGCACAACGUUCCAGUUCUUCAAGAGUUUCCGGCGUGUGCGCGUCAACUUCACAGAGGCCCUUGCCGCGGCGGAGGCUCGUGAGAAGCUGCACAAGAGCGUCUUCAACGGCAAAGAGAUGCGUCUGUACUUCGCUCAGUCAGUGCUCAUCGGCAGCCCCAGCCUGCAUCCUCCCAAACCAGAGAAGCAGUUCCUCAUCUCCCCCCCAGCGUCUCCUCCAGUGGGCUGGCAACAGGCUCCAGACGCCCAGCCCCUCAUCAACUACGACCUGCUGAGUGCCAUGUCCAAACUAGGGCCAGGGGAGCAGUAUGAGCUCCACACCGGCACCCCCACCACCCCCGCCGUGAUUGUCCACGUGUGCGAGGCCGAGCAGGACAGCUCUGAGGGCGAGGGCGAAGCCGACGGCGGCGAGGGGGGGAAACGCGCCCGCCCCAAAAUCAUCCAGACCCGCCGCCCCGACUUCACCCCCACCGUCACACAAUGAGAAGGCUCCGGGAGUUUUUUUUUUUUAAGCCUGAGGCGGUGACCCCGGAAGUUGCAGUCUUUGUCAUCCCAAACACCAGGGGGCGCUGAAGUGCGACAGCCUGCCUACACACAUCAGAGCAGAGACGCCAGCAGCACUUCCUCAUCUCAAAACAUGCUUUUUUUUUUUCAUCUCCCUCUAGCAUACGCAGAGGACCGGAGAUCCGUUGCAUCUGGGAUAUGGUCAUAACGUCGUAACUGUUUGUUUGUUUUUAAAAAAAAACACAGCAGAUGUUGUCUCUUUUUUUUGUCUUUGUUCUGUUUGUGAUUCAGGACAACAGUGAGAGGGAAGAGGGGGGACUGUAAAAGCUGUUGCUCUGGGGCACAAUGCCUUUCUCCUGUGCUGAUUACAGCUCUGCGCUCUGACAGGUGUAUGAGCAGUUGUGUUAACUGGUGUAAAAUACUGUCUUUGUGUUCCGUGGAUGAUUGUCUCUUGCAUUGUACAGCCUCUCAUGGUUAUGGGGAGGCUUGCCGUAUUUGCCACUAUGAUCUCUGUGUCGUCUGUAAUGUAAAAAAAAACUAAAAAUACAACUUUAUCAUCUCUGACUCAACGUAGCUCUGUGUUGUCGUCUCCAAAAGAGUCUGAUUGGUUCUGUCCUGUCGAGAUUACCACAGACUUGUGUGAGUCUAAAAGCAUGGUGCACUUUAAGAGGGAAGCCUUAACCUAUACUACGCUACUUAGACAACUCAAAUAGCUAGAACUGCGCACAAAUAGAUAGGAGAUGAAUAGGUGAUUCAUCAAGACUUGUCCUACCAAACCUGAUGGGAGUACAAUAGUAUACUUGGCAAUGUUGAAUUAAUGGGUGGGUUCAUUUUACAUAAGUGGUAAGAACAGCAUUAUGUAGCUCUUUUUGAUGUGCUAGGAACUUCAUUUUGAAUAAAGAUAUCUUGCUCGUAAGCAUUGGGUUUCAACCUAAAUAAAAUUAUCUAUACCAAA